AUGUCUUUUGAAUACGCCAAAGCGCUUUCAGAAUAUGAACAUAAAGGGAGGGUUGGAUUACCCGAGAAGGUCGAUUCUGAUCGUAUUUUAACAAAUAAAUGCAAUUCUCUUGUACAAAUGUUGUGUAGCAGUGAAUGCUGUGUUGUUCUGACUGGGGCAGGGAUUAGUACAGCCGCCGGAAUUCCCGACUUUCGAGGCCCCAACGGUGUCUGGACUUUGGAACGUCAAAAAAGGCAAAUGCCAGAGGGCGUUAGUUUUGAACAUGCCACACCUACUUUCUCCCAUUUUGCUUUGACUGAACUUGAAAAGUGUGGAAAAAUUAAAUUUUUGAUAACACAAAAUGUUGAUGGACUGCACAGUCUUUCUGGAUUCCCAAUUGAACGUUUGGCUGAAUUACAUGGAAAUAUUUUUGUGGAAAAGUGUGGAAAAUGUAAAAGGUUUGGAAAAAAUUUUUUUCUAGAAAUUUUCCGAAAUUUCGCCGAAAUUUUCCGAAAUUUCGAAAAAAAUAAAUUUUGA